AUGCCGCCCACAAGACAGGAGCUGUCCCUCCUCAUUCAUCCACUCGUCCCCGAAUCCGUCCAACAUAACAGACGAGUUCUAUCUCAACUCCGAUCCCUCACAGCCUUCAUUCUAGGCAUCUCAGCCGGUAUCCUCGGUCUUCAAUCCACGGCUGGCUUCGCAUUCUAUUUCGCCGGCACACUUCUCGUCUCCGGCCUCGUACAAAUCCUCCUUCUCGGCCCAUCUUCUUCCAGUGCGAUAGGCGGAGCAGGCGCAUAUUUUCCCGGCGCAAGCGGUGGUGAGAUUGAAGGGAUCGAUGACUUUGGGAAAAUUCGGGCUCAUGGAGGCGUUGAUGGGAAACCUGUUCAGAGGAAAGGUGCGUGGAGGGAUGUUUGGUUGGGUGGUGGUGUGAUGGGAGAGGCAUUGAGUGGAUUUGUGCUUGGCUGGGCUGGUGUGGGUGGUGUUUUGAGGUGA